GCGAGCGAGUGUCUCUUCGUCGGCUUUGGCACGCCGUGCUUGCGUUUAUUUUGCGGUGCUUAUCGCUUUUGGUACACUUACGCACAAAUACACGCGUAUAUGCACACACACACACACACACGCUGGUUUGUUACGUUCGAGAGUUGCAUCAUGAAACCCGAGAAGACGACCGAGAAUGGACAACAGCUGCAAAUUGCGGAAAAUGGCAGUAGCAGUCACCACAAAACAGGUAUAGCGAGAAUGAACGGAAUAAUCGAGGACGAGAAGAAGCAGACGGCCGUCGAGUCGAAGAAGCCGUGUUCGCUUCAGCGCAACGUGUCCUGGGGUGAGAAGCAGCCCAACUCGGACACCGAAGUGCCCGGCACCCCGAGAACGCCCCGCACCUCCACUACACCAGGUCACGAGAAGUGCACGUUCCACCACGACAUGGAGCUGGACCAUAGGCCACCGACGAGGGAGGCCCUCCUGCCUCAGAUGUCCCACAGCUACAAGCUACUACUACAGGCGCUGGGUGAGAACGUUGAGCGCCAAGGCUUGCUCAAGACACCGGAGCGAGCGGCCAAGGCUAUGCUGUUUUUCACCAAGGGCUACGAUCAGAGCCUCGAAGACGUCAUAAACGACGCGAUAUUCGACGAGGACCACGACGAGAUGGUGGUUGUGAAGGACAUCGAGAUGUUCUCCAUGUGCGAGCACCACCUCGUUCCUUUCUACGGCAAAGUUUCCAUCGGCUAUUUGCCGUGCAAGAAAAUUCUCGGCCUCAGCAAGCUGGCCAGAAUCGUCGAGAUCUACAGUAGACGAGUGCAGGUGCAGGAGCGCCUCACCAAGCAGAUAGCCGAGGCUGUGACCAAAGCCAUUCAACCGGCUGGCGUGGCUGUCGUCGUCGAGGGAGUGCACAUGUGCAUGGUUAUGCGAGGCGUUCAGAAGAUCAACAGCAAGACAAUCACGUCGACGAUGCUGGGCGUGUUUCGCGACGAUCCCAAGACGCGUGAAGAAUUUUUAAAUCUCGUUCGUGCCCAUUAAUUAGAAAAAUGUUAUGAGUAUCAGGGACGAAGAUCGGAAACAACAGCAGCAGCGAAAAUUUACAGAAAUGAAGAAAAAUCCUCGACUGAAGGUGAAGGAAAAAUCGUUCCUCGGCUGCUAAUCGACUUGAGACAAUACUGCCGCGAGAUAGACUUUUUUAAAUUAUGAUGAUUUUUACUGCAAUUUUUUUCCAUUUAGAUACUCUUGGAUGCUCUCGUUAUUUUU